GGAGGCCACAAAUCAUCACAAAAUGAGGAGCAGGGUGUAGGGCCGGGGACUACCAGAAGGUUAAUUCCGAAAGACUGCAAUGUCCUCUGGGGCUGAUAUGGGGAGUGGUGGUCUCAAAGAAAGACAGGAAACAACAUAGCAAAGGAAGGCAUGUGGACAAAAAAUGGGGAAUGUGAUUCUAAGUCUCUGAGAUUGACAGCAUGGAAUAUCUGGGAUUCACCUGCCAUUGUAUCGGAUUGUGGUCAGCUAAGAUCUUAGUUCCCUGAGUCUCAUUCCAUACAUCCUGGAAACAGAGCACAGUGAGGCAGUGCAGGUGACAAAACACACUGUCAACAUCACGGAUUAGAAAUCCCUCAGCAGGAUGUGUCACAUGAAGAUGUGCAAAAACAUCCGGAAACAAAACAAGAAGCAUGCCCUGAAUAGCCACAGACCGGGCCUCAGACAGGUUGCCCAGCUGAGUCAGGAAAGAAGGGAGCCAUCUGUUCAGGGAAUAUGCAGUGCCUCCUCAUCCCUGCCAUCCUUAUCAUUUUCUAUACUCACCAGGUCACCUGGCACCAGGCAGCAACAAGGAAAGACUGGAGGCAAACCUGCAAGAAACAGUGCGGUUCAUCAGCGCAAGGAGAUAUGCCACUGGCCCUGCAGAUGCCCACCUGUGCCAACUUGCAUCCCUGGGGUGAGCCUGGUGAAGGAUGGCUGCGGAUGCUGCAAGAUGUGUGCCAAGCAGUCAGGGGAAACCUGUAAUGAAGCAGAGGUCUGUGACCCUCACAAGGGGCUUUACUGCGACUAUUCUGCAGAUAAGCCUAGGUAUGAAACUGGACUGUGUGCAUAUAUGAUCGCAGUGGGCUGUGAGCUCAGUGGUAUACACUAUAUCAAUGGCCAAGACUUCCAGCCCAGUCCUCUAUAUAAAUGUUUGUGUGUCAAUGGUGCAAUUGGAUGUACUCCUGUAUUUAUCCCAAAGUCUGCACCCAAUGAAUGUGCUGUCCUUAAGGGUGGAAGGAAAUCUGGACACUCCAAAUGUGGGCCAGGACAGCAGAAGGAGCAACAAUCAACAGGGUACAGAUUAAUGCCAGCUUUCAGAAGUAUACCACUUGUUUUGAAGAAGAAAUGCCUGGUACAGGCGACUCCAUGGACAACUUGUUCUCAAACCUGUGGUAUCGGUAUAUCUGAUAGAGUGACCAAUGAAAACACCAAAUGUGAAAUGCGGAAGGAAAAGAGACUAUGCUAUAUUCAACCAUGCCAAACAACAUUUCCAAACAUACUAAAGAUACCUAAAGGAAAAACGUGCCAGCCUACAUUUCAACUUCCCAAAGCAGAAAAAUUAGUUUUUUCUGGAUGCACAAGUAAACAGAGAUACAAACCUACCUUUUGUGGAAUGUGCCUGGAUAACAGAUGUUGCAUACCCAGCAGGUCUACCAUGAUUACUGUGCAGUUCGACUGCUCUAAGGAUGGUUCAUUUAAGUGGAAGAUGAUGUGGAUCACAUCUUGUGUUUGUCAAAAUACAUGUAAGGACCCAAGAGAUGUAUUUUCUGAUCUCAAGCUUUUAUAAAUGUGUUGUACGAGAUGGGUGGUAGUCAAAUGCCCUUUGAAAAUUAUUCCUAAAGCAUAAUCUAAUGGAAGUGGUUGAAAUUACAAGUGUUGAAUAAACCCUGCCUGCCACCCAGAAGCACAUUCAUGAAAGACAGUACUUUGUCCUUUGUCUGUUCCUCUUCCCCUUCAAAUAUCUUUACUGCUACCAUUCAAAGACAAUCACAAAAGCUUAUUAAAGUGGCAACUUCCCACAUAUUAAGACUGGAAUAGCGUGCCCAAACAUAUGUCAAACCAUUUAUGUAUUCACUUCCUUAAAAAUAACAAGGAUAUAUAUUCCAGCUAAAUGUUUAUAAAUGCAAAGUAUUUCUAAAGUUUUCAAAUGCAAAGGUAGUGUGUAUAGAAAAGAGCGAAAAAAUCCCCAGGAAUUGGUUACUGCAAAACACAAACAAUCCCCCUCUCCACAAACAAAACCCUAUUUCAAACCAGAUCUGUGUAAUGUGCUACAAGCUAUUGGAAGUCCUGAUAUGUUGUUCCCUUAUAGACUCUGGCCUCCAGCUCUAAUUAUGUGCAAACACGACUCAGGUCAAUUACGUCAACCAUAUUCUUAUAAUUUUUAUAUAAUCAAUCUCAAAGAAACAAAAUAAAUGGUAUGUAAUUACUAUAAUCAAAAUCUGGAAUUAUUACCCUGUACCAGUGACUGCAGAAGAGAGAUGGUUAUCAGCUCUCCUUGUGCUCAGUUUUAUAUGUGCAAGGAGUUUUGUGUUAUGGGUUGGCAUUCAUCAGUGGCAUGACCCACUCCACCACCUCUUUUACCUGCCUAUGUCCAUCCAGCCUUAAAAACAGAACUCCUGUCUCUCUACAACCUUAGUAUACACACACACACACACGCGCGCGCCUUUAUUGGCAUAAAAAACAGGACAAUAUUUUAAAGCAA